CCGUCCUAAACGGGCGUGCGCGCGGCCCGGAAUAAAAAUAUCGAAAAUGUCAAAACUCGAUAGACGUUUUCAAAACCUUUCAGUUACCAACGACAACUGUGCAUCAAAAUAACUUAUUUAAACACUAUAAUAAACAAAUGACAGUGAAAUAGGCCUAAGUGUUGUGAGGAACAUGUACGGAAACGCUGUGCCAAAACAAAAUUUAAACAACUUCCGAAGCUUAGAAAAGAUUUAUCUUCAAUACAUCUUACAGUUUAUUUUAGGCGAUACAUUACCGUCUACGCCGUGGUUCAUUUGAAAUCAACUACGGAACAAUUUAUUCUGUCUAUUAGGGUAAAAAUAGUAUUUAAGGUGGAGGGUUUAAUAAAUGACGGACAUUAAUUUAAAGGACUGAGGAGUGUAUGAAAUUUGUCAACGGGCUAAUUAUGGAUUGAAACGAAUGGUGACAGAUUUAGUGAUAACAGACAGGAGUGACAUGUCACUGUCGAGAUACUUAGUAAUUAGGAGGUAGUUGACUUAGUAAUUAAUUAUAAAAAUAGUUGUUCCAAGUGACGAUGAAAAGGAAGAGUGUCAAAUUAAAAUAGUGUAAAGAAAAUGAUGAAAAUGGCCGGCGCAAAGAAAAGAUUCAAUUACGUCGUGAAUGCAGUUUUUCUGUUCAUCUCGAUGAUAUACGGAGCUGGAGGUCUGCGCACCACGGAACUCCGCAUCACGCCAAGGGUGGUAGCCCGUGGUAGGAAUGUCACCAUGGCAUGUCUCUACCAGCCACAGGAUUACGGCGUCUACAGCGUCAAGUGGUACCGAGGGGCGCAAGAGUUUUACAGAUACUCCCCUCUGGAGUCGCCUUCCACAAGGACGUUACCUGUCAAUGGGAUUAAAGUUGAUAGGCUAAACUCCAAUGAGACACACGUGAUCCUACUUCGAGUACCACCGAGUAUUAGUGGGAACUACAGUUGUGAGGUGAUACAGAAUGCGCCCACAUACCCCCACUCAUUGGCUACGGCGAGGCUCGACGUAGUAGGAGCCGGUGGUCUUCGAGCAAUAGAGCUGCGGAUAUCCCCGCCAGUAGUCCAGCGAGGGUCGGACGCCACCCUCGCUUGCAUCUACGAGCUGACGGAUGCCCCACUGUACUCCGUCAAGUGGUACCGUGGGCGCCACGAGUUCUACCGGUACUCCCCUACCGAGACGCCUGCCACCAAGAUAUUCCCCUUCGCUGGGAUUAAUGUUGAUCUGGCCAGAUCGAACCAGAGUCAGGUGGUGCUGACGAGGGUGAGCUUCGGCCUCUCCGGGAACUUCAGCUGUGAAGUCACCGCCGACGCUCCCUCCUUCGCCACCUCCAUCGUCUCCAACAACAUGGAGGUUGUUGUGCUGCCACCAUCAUCGCCGACAAUCCAGACCAGCCAACAUUACUUCACACCAGGCGAUGUCUUGCGCGCCAAUUGCACGUCUGGGCCCGGACGCCCAGCGCCCGAUCUCGCCUUCUUCAUCAACGAUUCACCUGUCGCCACAGGCAUUUACCAACAACUGCCUGCAUCGGAAGGUCUGUUCAGGGCCGAACUAUACGUCCAGAUUCAACUGUGGCCCGCGCACUACGAGCGUGGGGCCCCAAUAUUGCGCUGUGAGGCCAAAGUGGGGGACCUAUACCGGGACGACUCCGCUGUGGCCCUUUAUUUUGCCAAUAGUGACCCCAAAAUUGAGAGAGUGACGUCACCCGGCUCUGCUGCGAAGCUCCACUCGUGCCAAAUCCUCAUUUUAAUUCACAUCAUAGCAUGGGCUAACAAUACAUAGAUACGAAAUUAAAAAUAAUAAAUAUUGGUGCUAAUUCCUGUAGACAUUUCCUAAUUUUAUUUUAAGUUACACCUGUAAUUUUCUUAUCCGCCGAAAAGGAAAGGGACGGGUCAUCGACAGCCAUAAAAUUUACGGAACACGCGUCAAUUUUAGACAGAUAUUUAAACAACCCUCUUUAAGUUUUACAUUGGGUAGGUUAUUAAUUCGUCCACUCAUUGAUUUUAAAAUUAAAAGUUGUCAAUCCGUCCCUUUCCUUUUCGGCGGAUAAGAAAAUGACAGGUACAACUUAAAAUAAAAUUAGGAGACGUUUACUAGAAUCAGCACCAUUGUAUAAAUAAAUAAAGAAAUAAAAAUAGAAAUAAACUACUUAGAUGUACCGAUUCGUUUAAGCGAGCGAGGCAGAAAACAUGUGAAUUUAAAAUAGUCUAAUACCUAACGAGCUGAUUAAUAUAUACCAAAGAGUGUAAAGAGUAAGAUUAUUGUUGAUUUAAUACAAAUUAUAUAUGUCGGA